CUUGCUUACUCAUAACGAAAGUGAAAGUAAUAGUUGAAGUUAACAGGAGGCGGCCAGACUUCGUUUAAUCAUUUCAUCCAGCCUGAGACGUCGCGACCUCAUGUAGAGGAGCGUGUACGGUAAAGGAACAUGGCCUCCACUGGUUUCCUGCUCUUUAUGUCCACCGUCAUAUUUUUCGGCUUCAAAAUUGUGAAGUGUAAUUCUUUUGUGCAAGUUCACAGCAAGACUCAAAUCAUCGGACAGUAUGAUCAACAGACGCGACUUGACUGCAUUGUUCACCCCUCAGAGUCUGUAAAAGAACCAGAAAUCAAGGUGGUAAUUUGGACAAAAGAGGGGGAAGAGGAACCCUUACUGUUCUACAACCGAGGAAAGUUAACACCGUCGUCUGGCUAUUCUUUUGCGGAGCCUUCCUGGAACAAGAAAAACAUGAAUGUUUCCCUGCUCAUUCACAAAACUGCUGUAAAAGACGAGGGAGUUUAUAAAUGUCUUGUGUACACAGACAGUGGUUAUAACUUCAACCAUACCAGCCUGAGAGUCACAGCCAAAUACACUGUACCAAGUUUUCUGCCGCACCCUACGACCAUUGACCUCAAUACGGAUGGCACCUUGACUUGUAAGUCCACCGGCUACCCUAAAGGCCAACUUUGCUGGUUUGACAAAGAUGGCAACAAGUGGACAAAGAGCCCUGAAACUGAGGUGCUGCUGACAGAAAGUGGUCUCUAUAGCCUCUCCAGCACACUGACUUUACAGCGAGGAUCCAUUUUCUCCCAGUAUGUCUGCAAAGUAUUCAACGCCGCAGGAGACAAAGAGGCAGAGGAUUCGUUUACAGUGCCUGACAAACCAGUCAUCGGAGGUUUGGGACAAGAGGGUGGACCUUCCACUUCCACUUCCACUUCCACUUCCAACAACUUAGCCACCAAAAUAGUUGCUCCUUUGGUGGUCAUUGGAUCUCUGAUUGUGGGGUUGCUACUGGCGCUACUUUACAGAAGACGAUACCAGAAGACCCGGAGGCUCUCUGAAACAGCUCUUAUCAGUAACCAUCGAGCCAUUCCCACCAGAGAACAAGAAGUUGAGGAAGGUGAUUCUCGUGAAAUGCAGGAAUUUUUUCGUGAAAAAACACCUUCAGGAGAAACAGUCUGACACAAGUGCGCACUUACUGGAAAACAGUACAAUCAUCACUUCUUGUGUGCUUUACUCCACUCAGCGUUUUUACUUUUUCUACUGCAAGCAACUGUAUGUAUAAUCAGGUAAAACUUGUAUCACUGUGAUUUAACAGAUUAACUGUGAGCACUUUGCUCAUGUUAAGUCACCCUGUAAACUAGCUUAAAUCAAGUGUAAAUGGUAAUGUAGACUGAUUUUGCAACAGAGCAGUGGGACGGUUUGAGGGCAGGUAGACCUUUUCAGGAACAGGGAGUCUUUGGUUGUUAUGUUGUUUAUUAUAGGAAAAAAUGUAUAAUUGUUUAUGAUGAAGCCCACACAGCAACUGUAGGUUUCUAUAAACAUAUCAGCCUCUUCAUUUCCGCUGCUUGUGUCAGCGUUGGACAGGAAAUACGGUUUGAUCUUAUUAUCUAGGCGGGGGGGGGAGAUGGUGGUUAAGAGUGUGUUUCAGUGUUUCUGAAGACACUGCAGCUCAUAUUUUUUCUUUUUAUAAACGAAUCUCACCAGGACUCUGCUCACCAGGUUCACACAAUCAUAGCGGAUUAGUCUGAGUAGCAAUUUGCAAUGUCUGGCAUAAGCCACUGUAAAGGAGGAAACAGACUGUAAGGAAUAAAGUGAACUAAUCUGCAUGAGAUAAAGUGUAUACUAUAAAAAUUUGUAGCAUCAGCUUAAUCCUGUAAUGGUGCUUGUGAAGAACAUUUUUGUAAGUUUGAUUUAUUUUUCUGCUCAGAGACAAGUGAUAAGUUAACUGGUUUAAAUUUCAAGUGCACUGUCCACUCCUACAAAUUUCAUAUCCUUUUUUCUUACCACAGAGAAAGUUCACUACAUAGACCCUUUGGUCACAUUUAAAUGUGCCUCAUGAUUUUCCACCUGAUCUCUAUUGCGAAAUAUGUUGUCUUAAAGCAAAAAAGACAUGUCUGUUUUCCUGUCUUUUGUGAGACUGUGUUUAUGUAUUUUGUUGGCAGCAAAGUUCAACUUUACUGCCAAUCAAAAGAUUAUCUUCAUAAUCUCAGAGGUUUUUUUUUUUUCCUUCUUACCUUCAUAUUGUAUAUCGUCUCUCAGAGAAAUGGGCUCACGUUUUCAAAUUGAGGGAAUGUGUUUUUUCUUUUUUUUUUAAAUAAAAUACCCGCCAGACAAAAUAUCCUCUACUUAAGAAAAUAUAAGCCCCCUAAACAACUUAUCAGUGUCAACAAGGGUGAAUGAUUUAAUAAGUUCUGUAAAACUGUAAAAGUCAAUCAUUGACUAGGAUGAGAAAAAUAGUUAGUAAUAACAGAAGUGUAAGUGCAGUACUAAGAGUUUAUUUAGCAUUUUAAGUACUUUUUAAAUCUGUGUGUAUUUUGAUUCUGUGUGUUGAAAAAUGCAAAUAUAUAUAUUUUUUAUUUUGUUUGACAUAAUAAGUGUGGGCUUAUUCGCAAACUGUGAACUGUGAUUUUUCUUGUGAAAAACAAAUUUUAAAUAAAGAUAAAUGCUCUAAA